CUCACUGCGAGGGAGUGUUAUGGGGCGAGUGAUUAAUUACGUCGGAGUGAAAUACUUGUCCACCGCUUUGUGUAUCCAAUAAAUUAAAGGCUCCUGAGACUCUUACGCACACAGGUGAGGUGCUGGAUGCGCGUACAGGGACCGCUGCGCACCUUUUCUGCAGACGCACCACUUUAUAAGGAUAAACUGGACGUGGAGUGGGACUAUUCUACAUUGAAGAGCAAAUUCUCAAUCCUGUCGAAGCCCUCUUUGGAUUGCCUUCAUGUCGUUUCUCAAAACAGCGCCUUUGAGAGAUACCAGAGGUCUGUGAGUGCACCCCAAUGGCUGGAAGACACCGAAUGGACAGCGGUAAUUGCUCCGGGGCGGCGGUGGAUGACAGCCCAGCAUCCAGCCCGAGCUCCAGUCCCAGUCCGGACGGCCGUCGUCAGGAGCUCCAGCGGGCCAGAGUGCUGCAGAGCGGCGGGCUCGGCGGGAGAGGACGCCCGGCAGCAGCCAACGCAGCGCGGGAGAGGAGCCGAGUGCAGACCCUGAGGACCGCCUUCCUGGAGCUACAAAGGACUUUGCCGUCCGUGCCGCCGGACACCAAGCUGUCCAAACUCGACGUGUUGAUACUGGCCACCACCUAUAUUGCCCAUUUGACUCGAACACUGCAAGAGGAAGGCACGGAGGAGGGAGAAAACACAAAACAAACAGAGGCGUUACACUCAUUGAAAGGAGACGGCUAUCUGCACCCAGUGAAGAAAUGGCCCAUGCGAUCCAGACUGUACGUCGGAGCAAGCGGACAGUUCCUCAACACCCCAAAUCCCUCAGAGUCAGAGAAUCAAGGCCCAUCAUCGUCCACCUCUCAGUAACAGGCUUAAAUCAUUUGUAUUAAAUCAUAUUUGCAUGAGUUACUGUUGCAGCAGCAGAUGCAUUAUGACUAUAGGUCUGAUUUUACUUCCACUAAAGCCCUACAAAUAGGAAGACAUUGUAAAUUAAUAUAUUAUGUGAAUUUUAUUGUAUAAAUUCUGAGAAAGCGUACAUUAUGUUUCUCUGUUGUUAUUUUGGCUAAUCCUGUUUGCCCCUGCAUCGUGCAGCUCCGUACA